AUGGGCACUACAACUGAUGCCCAUGGCCACGAACUCACCUACCAUACACUUCAGUCGAUUGAAAGACCCGAGUGGCCAGCUACUCCUGGAAUGCUACGUCAGAAUACAGCAUCGUGCUACUUGUACCGUCGUCACAAACGUACCAACAAGACGGAGAUAUUUCUCUGGGGAUCGAUAUCCAACUUUGGUUCCGAUCCAGCAAAAGCCAUCCAUUUCACAACUGCCAAUACCUGGCUCCAUGUUGUUCUCAGUCCCCGAGGUGGCCAUGCAAAGAAAUUCAGUGCGCUCAUGGACGAAGCCGACUGCCACCAGUGGUUGCCCUCGAGCAUGGUCUGUCACGUCUGCGCGCGAAAGCCAAAGCUGGGCUCCUAUCCUCUUUGUUUAGUCUGUCCUAGGCGCUUUUACUGCACUACUUGUCAAACGUGUUUGCGUUGA